UUUAAAAUGUCGUCUUUUGUGUUCCUCAGAAGAAAAACAAGAAAGUCAUACAAGUUUGGAAUUACAUGAGGAUUUCCAGGAAUGGAAUCUAUCCCAAAUCAGCUGCCGGCUGGAAGAGACUCCAGCUGUUCGCCGAACUCCAAACAAGACUUGCAGUCUUACUCUGGUCCAACACUCAAGCCGAACCAAGUCAGUGAGACCUCUUUAUACGGAAUACCGAUCGUUUCACUAGUCAUAGACGGUCAAGAGAGACUUUGCCUAGCCCAAAUAUCCAACACCCUUCUGAAGCACUACAGCUACAACGAAAUCCACAACCGGCGCGUGGCCCUGGGCAUCACAUGUGUGCAGUGCACCCCGGUCCAGCUGGAGAUUCUCAGGCGCGCGGGGGCAAUGCCCAUUUCCUCGAGACGCUGCGGGAUGAUUACAAAGCGAGAGGCCGAGAGGCUCUGCAAGUCGUUCCUGGGCGCCCACAGCCCGCCGAAAUUACCCGAAAAUUUCGCUUUUGACGUGUCGCACGAAUGCGCGUGGGGCAGCAGGGGCAAUUUCAUCCCAGCCAGAUACAACAGCUCGAGAGCGAAGUGCAUUAAGUGUUCGUUCUGCAACAUGUAUUUCUCUCCAAACAAGUUCAUAUUUCACUCUCAUCGCACGCCGGAGUCCAAAUACACGCAACCCGACGCAGCAAACUUCAACUCGUGGAGAAGACACUUAAAACUGAGCGAUAAGAACUCACCAGAUGACGUGGCCCAUGCCUGGGAAGAUGUCAAAGCCAUGUUUAACGGGGGCAGCCGCAAGAGGACGCUGCCAAUCGGUGGGUCUGAAAGUUCGUCCUCGCAUGGUACACAACGAGCGGGAGGUCAGACCCAGGGGGAACCGUCUGAGGUGCCCCACAAAACUCUCCGAUGUGAGGAUGACCGGGGGAACGUGGCCAUGCCGAGCAGCAUCCGCAGUUACCCUGUUAUUCCGGUGCCCAGUAAGAGUUUUGGGAUGUUACAGAAAAUUCCACCACCGCUCUUUCCACAUCCAUACGGUUUCCCGGCUUUUGGAUUGUGUCAAAAGAAGGACGACGGCGUGGUGAUGGGAGAGCCAAACAAGACAAACCUGUCAGGUGUGUUCUGGCCGAGCGCUAAGGACAGUGCAUAUCCCUCCUUUCCGAUGUUUUGGCCUACGACAGGCAGCUUGGCCAUGCCGACAUACCACCAUGCCCAACCUAAACCUCCUUCUGACGUGUUAUGCACCAGACAUGGUGAUCUAGACGCGUCAGAGCAAAGUGACCGAAGCACGAGCACCCCUAAAGACAGUUUACUUGAUAAUGAACGGUGUUCCAGCACUCAGUCUACCCGGAACGAGGAGGAUAAAUCUGGGGAUGAGAGCAGGUCUAUAGAGGGAAUGCCAGCCGCCACCAGAAAAAUAAGCUACAUAUCUGCAUUCAGGCCUGUUGUUAAAGAUGUUGAGAGCAUCGCGAAACUUUACGGCAAUAGGGGCCCGUAUUCUGGUCCUCGAUCCGGCUAUAUGUCACCAGAUUUCUUGAGUGAAAGUUCUAGUUAUAGGUCGGUGUCUCCGGACGUGGACAGCGUGGACGAUCCGGAUGUGGAUGUGGAGUCGCAUAAAGCGCACGAGGAUGAGGAGUGUGUGCAGCUGUCUGUGGAUGACCGGCGGAGUCCUCACAGUUCGGCCGAAGCGCUGAGUGACGGGGUUAAAGGUCAAGACCAAGAGAAUAGCCAGAUCCACACUAUAGGUGAUCUACACUCGACAAAUCCAAGUGAAACGCGGCCGUCUGAUUUGGAGAGCAACGGCAAUAAACACACGACGCGCUUUGAAGUCUAUGCGCGUGAAAGAGACGAGCACGUGCAUCAAAUGAGCACAUCUUAUUUUGGUUCAACGACCUCCUAUCAACGCGAACAGAGUGUUAAAGACGUGCACGAAGAAGAACCUUCAUCUACAGUGGAGGAGACUGAACCCAAAACUCAACAGGAUCAAACCAACGUCAACGAGGAGCGCCUGAAGGAACCAAAUGAUGACGAGGAAGCAAUGCGCAAUGACACUGGCAGCAGGGGCUCCUUGAUUGAGAAAAACAUAGAGAACAUGGCCAAAGAGGAAUUGCAGAAACAACUCGUGGAACAAGUCGAGCUUAGAAAAAAGUUAGAACGGGAAUUCCAGAAUCUAAAAGGGAGUCUAUCAAGAGCUGCAUCAAAGAGUCCAUCAAAGCUCAACAGUUUUCAAGACCAAAUGAAAAGAGAGCUUUCCUACAGAGAGGAAAUGGUGCAGCAACUCCAGAUUGUUCGAGAAGCUCACGACGCACUACACCAUUUCUCGUGUAAGAUGCUGACUCCCCGUCACUGCUCUGGGACCUGCACCUUCAAGUCUCCUCUUCUACCACCUUGAUGGACACCUAUUCAAGACGUACACGUUCUUUAGAAAUACUGCUGUGUCAAAUAAAACUUUACUUUUCUUCCUCUGCAAAACACUGUCAACCUUUAGACCUGGAAUAAGCAAGUGUGUAUUGUAGUAUUUUAGCUUAUACACUGUAAUGAAGUCAUUUUCAUUUGCAAAGGAGUGUUUUCAGAGUCACUGUAUGUACUGUAUAAUUUAUAUAAAGUUCUAGAAAAUUGCAUUAUUAAAAAAAAAAUGUCAUCCCACUUAAACAUUAUUAUCAUCAGCUGUAGAAAUCACUGGUAAUAAGUGGCUAUGUGCAAUGCAUAUAUUUGUUAUGUAUCCUGUGAUACCUUUU